CGGGCAAGGCACCUGGCGGUGGUGGCCUCUUGCUGUGGUGGGCGAGACGAGCGCGGCGCGGGGCGGAGCGGAGGCAAGGCAAGAGGGGAAGGAAACCCCACCAAGGACCAAGCAGAAGCAGGCGAGCGUGGCAGUUCAGGUCCAGUCUCCACUCUCCACUCCAGUACACUCCACACCAUCACCGCCGCCGCCGCCGCCGUGACGAGGGGGCAGAGGGCAGUGAUAGAGCAGAGCAGAGAGGGCUAGGGCGGGGAGACGAGGCCGAGAGAUCCCCAGGACCCCGGUGGCGAGAUGGGCAUUCGCAGAGCUCGCCGGUUCCUCUUCCUGGCCGCCGCCGUCUUGCUGCUCCACGCGCCGCUGCCCGCGACGUCCGCCGACCUCUACGCGCUCAUCUACAAGGGCUGCGCCAACCAGAGCUUCCCGGGCGGGGUGGCGCCCCCGAGCGUCGCCGCGCUCUCCACCACGCUCUCGGCGCAGUCCGCCUCCGCCAAGUUCUACAAGACCUCCUCCUCGUCCUCGGCGGCCUCCUCCUCCACCUCCGUCUUCGGCCUCUUCCAGUGCCGCGGGGACCUCUCGGCCUCCGACUGCGCCGCCUGCGUCUCCCGCGCCAUGUCCUCCUGGCCCGGCGUCUGCGGCGCCUCCGUCGCCGCGCGGGUCCAGCUCGCCGGCUGCCUCGCGCUCUACGAGGUGUCCGGCUUCCCCCAGGUCUCCGGCGUCCAGAUGCUCUUCAAGACCUGCGGCACCGGCAGCGGCGGCGGCGGCGGCGACUUCGAGAUGCGCAGGGACACCGCCUUCUCCGCGCUCGAGGGCGGCGUCGCCACCAGCUCCGGCGGCUUCGUCGCCACCAGCUACCAGGCCGUCUACGCCAUGGCGCAGUGCGAGGGCGACCUCUCCACGGGGGACUGCAGCCAGUGCGUCACCCAGGCCGUGCAGCACGUCGAGGUCGAGUGCGGCGGCGCGCCCUCCGGCCAGGUCUACCUCGACAAGUGCUACAUCAGCUACAGCUACUACCCCCACGGCGUGCCCCACGGCGGCGGCACCGGAGGGCAGCAGACAGCAAAGACUGUAGCCAUUGUGCUCGGGGGAGCCGUAGGCCUGGGUUUCGUGGUCAUCUGCUUGCUUUUCGCCAGGAGCCUGGUCAAGAAGAAGGAUGGUGAUUACUGAUGGGAGGGAGAGCACGGAAGGAGAAUGUGGACAAAGACAUUGUGGGGGCAUGGUAUGGCAUUUUGAUGGUAGGGUUGUGUAUUUUGUUUCUUCAAGGUGGUGAGUGGAAUACAGAGGGGGUGUUUUUUGGCUCUU